AUGGCGUUUGCUGGGAUAAAUAUCAGUUUGUCCCAGCCGGAUAUUACGCAAAAACUAACGGAGCGCAUAGACGACCUGAAGCAGAUACGUCGAUUUACCGAGAGUUCAAGGCGGUUUAACCAGAAUCGUCUCUUCGAGAGUGAUCAGAAGAGGCUCUAUAAAUCAUUGGAGCGACCAGAGGUAUGUGGAGAGGGUCCAGGACCAGAUCAGGCUGUCGCAUUUUGGCGUGGCCUGUGGUCAGAGAGAGCCCGUAAACAACAGCGAGGGCCCUUGGAUGGAAGUUGUGGCAAGCCAGAGUGCAAUUGUUACGACCCGGUCACCAUACCGCCAGAGACGUGGCUGAAGCGGUCCGUAGGGCCCCGAACUGGAAAAGUCUGGGGCUUGACGGGCUGCAUCAUUACUGGCUGA